UGGGAUAUAAUAUUAACCCCAAAGGAGUUCACUGUUUACAAAACAUUUUUACUAUUCAAAAGCCCCCACUAGAUUUGAAUGUCCCUCAUAUUCAUGAAUUUACUGAAUCUUUUGUAAGCAGAUUCCCAUUUUUUGGGAGCUUUCUGUGCACACCCGUGAGAGAGACAGAAAAAAGCCAUGGAAGAAGAACACUCAUAUGAGAUCAGAGCCCCCCUCAUAUCUAAGGAUGAGAAAGAUGAACCAGCUGCAGCAGCAUCCUCAGCAUCCAAAUCCGAGGUAAACGAAGAGCAAGAUGAAGAACCAGAAGAGAACUCACCGGUGAAACAAGUUGCUCUCACUGUUCCGACAACCGACGACCCCACCCUUCCGGUCCUCACCUUUCGAAUGUGGGUGUUGGGAGCCCUGUCGUGUAUCCUCCUCUCCUUCCUCAACCAAUUCUUCUGGUAUCGCACGGAGCCGCUAACAAUCACAGCCAUUUCCGCUCAGAUUGCGGUGGUGCCGCUCGGCCAACUCAUGGCUGCAAAGAUCACGAAUAGAGUGUUCUUCAAAGGAAGCCGGUGGGAGUUCACGUUGAAUCCUGGUCCUUUCAAUGUCAAAGAGCAUGUUCUCAUCACCAUCUUUGCAAACUCCGGAGCCGGCACCGUCUACGCCAUUCAUGUCGUUACCGUCGUCAAGGUCUUCUAUAAAAAACACAUCACCUUCUUUGUGUCCUUCCUUGUUGUCAUAACAACUCAGGUGUUGGGGUUUGGAUGGGCUGGGAUUUUCAGGAGGUAUCUGGUGGAGCCGGCCGCUAUGUGGUGGCCAGCAAAUUUGGUUCAAGUUUCAUUGUUCAGGGCUUUGCACGAGAGAGAAGAACGGCCCAAAGGCGGAUUGACACGAACCCAAUUCUUUUUGAUAGCCUUCAUGUGCAGCUUUGCUUACUAUGUCUUCCCAGGCUACCUCUUUGAAAUGUUAACCUCCCUCUCUUGGAUAUGCUGGAUAUUUCCCAAAUCCGUCCUGGCCCAACAGCUCGGGUCUGGGCUCUAUGGGCUUGGAAUUGCCGCUGUUGGGCUCGACUGGUCCACUAUCUCUGCCUACCUUGGAAGCCCACUUGCAAGCCCAUGGUUUGCCACAGCAAAUGUGGCUGCAGGGUUCGUUUUUGUGAUGUACAUUUUGACUCCCAUCUGCUAUUGGCUUGAUGUUUACAAGGCCAAAACCUUCCCAAUAUUUUCCGAUGACCUUUUCACCUCCACCGGCCAAGAGUACAAUAUUUCAUCCAUUAUUGACUCUAAUUUUCACCUUGACCUUGCUGCCUAUGAACGUGAAGGGCCUCUUUAUCUCAGCACUUUCUUUGCAAUGACUUAUGGGGUUGGUUUUGCUGCACUUACUGCUACAGUUGUACAUGUAGCUCUGUUCCAUGGAAGGGAAAUAUGGCAACAAAGCAAAUCAAGUUUUCAAGAGAAUACAAUGGACAUACACACAAAACUCAUGAGGAAGUACAAGCAAGUCCCUGAGUGGUGGUUUGUGAUCAUUCUUAUAGCAAACAUUGCCUUGACCAUAUUUGCCUGCCAGUAUUACAAUGACCAGCUUCAGCUGCCUUGGUGGGGUGUUUUACUUGCAUGUGGGAUUGCCAUUUUCUUCACUCUUCCAAUUGGAAUCAUCACUGCCAUUACAAAUCAGACACCAGGCUUGAACAUCAUCACUGAGUAUGUAAUUGGGUAUAUCUACCCUGGAUAUCCUGUAGCUAACAUGUGCUUCAAGGUCUACGGCUACAUAAGUAUGACACAGGCCAUUACCUUUCUGCAAGACUUCAAGCUUGGUCACUACAUGAAAAUCCCUCCUAGAACUAUGUUCAUGGCACAGGUUGUUGGUACCUUCAUAGCUGGCAUCGUGUACUUGGGCACAGCAUGGUGGCUAAUGGAAACCAUCCCCGACAUCUGCGAGGAUUCUUCCUCUGUGUGGACUUGCCCGAGCGAUACAGUGUUUUACGAUGCUUCCGUUAUCUGGGGUUUGAUCGGUCCUCGCAGAAUCUUUGGAGACUUGGGAACUUACGAGGCAGUCAACUGGUUCUUCCUCGCCGGAGCGGUGGCUCCCAUUCUGGUCUGGUUUGCGGCCAAGGCUUUCCCGCAGCAAGAGUGGAUUAGGCUCAUAAACAUGCCGGUAUUGAUCGGCGCCACCGGAAAUAUGCCGCCGGCCACUGCCGUUAACUACACUACUUGGAUAAUUGCUGGGUUUCUCUCUGGUUUCGUUGUGUAUAGGUAUAGGCCGGAUUGGUGGAGGCGUCACAAUUAUGUUCUUUCUGGGGCGCUUGAUGCUGGCCUUGCCUUUAUGGGGGUACUUCUGUACUUUUGCUUGGGUUUGGAGGAUAUUAGCCUCAGUUGGUGGGGAAAUGACCUUGAUGGCUGUCCGGUGGCUUACUGCCCAACGGCCAAAGGAGUUGUGGUUGACGGCUGUCCGGUUGUCUACUGAUCAACAGCUCGGAAAAGAAAUCAAUUGUUGUCGGAAAAAGUUUCGGGUAAUACAACUUUUAUUACAACGUUCAUAAACUCACUUCAAAGUUCGUGUAAGUACAUGAACUGUCAGGUCAAUUUAUUAUUAUUAUUUGUACAUGUAAUCAUGUCAAAUUUAGAAUUCUUACCUAACUGGUAGAAAGUUGGUGAU